UAGCACAAUCUCAUCCGCUCUAAACAACCUCAUCAAAACUCCUUUCUGGUCAGCGAGAAGCAAUAAUUAUUAUUAACAUUUAUUAGCGAUCAAUAAACGUGUUGCGUUAUGGCCAGCACUAUUAAGGAAGCUCUAUCGGUGGUGAGCGAGGACCAGUCCCUGUUCGAGUGCGCCUACGGGACCCCGCACCUGCCCAAGGCCGACAUGACCGCCUCCUCCUCUGGAGACUAUGGCCAGACGUCCAAGAUGAGCCCCCGGGUGCCGCAGCAGGACUGGCUGUCCCAAGCGCCCGCCAGGGUCACCAUCAAGAUGGAAUGCAACCCCAACCAGGUGAACGGCUCCAGGAACUCCCCUGAUGAAUGCAGCGUGGCCAAAGGCGGGAAGAUGGUGGGCAGCCCGGACACGGUGGGCAUGAACUACGGCAGCUACAUGGAGGACAAGCACAUGGCCCCCCCCAACAUGACCACGAACGAGCGCAGGGUCAUCGUCCCCGCAGACCCCACGCUGUGGAGCACGGACCACGUGCGGCAGUGGCUGGAGUGGGCGGUGAAGGAGUACAGUCUGCCCGACGUGGACCUCCUGCUCUUCCAGAACAUCGACGGCAAGGAGCUGUGCAAGAUGACCAAGGACGACUUCCAGCGGCUCACCCCGAGCUACAACGCCGACAUCCUGCUCUCGCACCUGCACUACCUCAGAGAGACUCCACUUCCACAUUUGACUUCAGAUGAUGUUGAUAAAGCAUUACAAAACUCUCCACGGUUAAUGCAUGCUAGAAACACAGGGGGUGCAGCUUUCAUUUUCCCCAAUACUUCAGUCUAUCCUGAAGCUACGCAAAGAAUUUCAACUAGGCCAGAUUUACCUUACGAACCACCCAGGAGGUCAGCCUGGACCGGUCAUGGCCAUCCCGCCCCCCAGUCCAAAGCUGCUCAACCAUCUCCUUCCACGGUGCCUAAAACAGAAGACCAGCGGCCCCAGCUAGAUCCUUACCAGAUUCUCGGACCCACCAGCAGCCGCCUUGCAAAUCCAGGGAGCGGGCAGAUCCAGCUGUGGCAGUUCCUGCUGGAGCUCCUGUCGGACAGCUCCAACUCCAGCUGCAUCACCUGGGAGGGGACCAACGGCGAGUUCAAGAUGACGGACCCCGACGAGGUGGCGCGGCGCUGGGGGGAGCGGAAGAGCAAGCCCAACAUGAACUACGACAAGCUCAGCCGGGCGCUGCGCUACUACUACGACAAGAACAUCAUGACCAAGGUGCACGGCAAGCGCUACGCCUACAAGUUCGACUUCCACGGCAUCGCGCAGGCCCUGCAGCCCCACCCGCCCGAGUCCUCGCUCUACAAGUACCCCUCGGACCUCCCCUACAUGGGCUCCUACCACGCCCACCCACAGAAGAUGAACUUCGUGGCUCCCCACCCCCCGGCCCUCCCCGUGACGUCCUCCAGUUUCUUCGCCGCCCCCAACCCGUACUGGAAUUCGCCCACCGGGGGGAUCUACCCCAACACGAGGCUCCCCGCCAGCCACAUGCCUUCUCACCUGGGCUCUUACUACUAAACACCGGAGAAGGGGCCUUUCUCGCCACCCCCCCACCCACCCACCCACCCCCCCUCCGACCCCCCAGUGCCUGCCCCGAGCUCCGUCCGAGAACAUGCGCCCGAAGUGCCUCCUCCACAGGAAGGACAGAGCUGGACCAGGGGCUGGGGGGAGGGGGUGGCGGGAGAGGACCAGAGAACUCUUCCUUAGCGGGAGUCAUGACUCAAGUUUCACGGCAGCCGUCGAGGCGAGGCUCAGACUGGCGUGUCUACGGACUGACCCUCCGUGGACCCACCGUGGAAAAGACAUUGUAAGCCCAAGAACAGUUGUGCCAAAGAAAGGCGUCCCCAGGCGUGUAUAGCCGUGAGCGUCUGGGGUUCUGCCGGUGCAAACCGGGGUGCCCUUGAAGCAAUCGAGAGACCCACACGCUGUCUCGCCCCAUCACCCCCUUAACGAUAACGUCGCCAGGAAAACUACCUGUAUUUAAAAAUCAAAACAUAUCAAAAACACCGGAGAAGAAGAGACCAUGGCCCCCCCCCCCCUCCACUGACGUGUUGGCGGGACUCAUCAGAGCCUGCGCUGGGGGCUGAGUUCGGUUCAUUCCCAUUGGACAGACAGCGGCCUCUCAAACUGUGAAGACGACCCAAGCGUUCCAACUCCUUUAUAGUAUUCCAGGGCCGGGGAGGUGACCCGUGGGGCUGGGGCUGUGAACAGAGAAGGUGUGUGCUUGUGGACAUGAGGGUGAGCGGAGGUGGACCAGGGAGGAGGUGUGGAGGGAGGCGGCCAGCCUGGGGAAGGGACUUCUCCGGCCACCGAGCGUGGCCGUGGGAGCGUGGUGAGAAGCUGGAGGAGGAGUCAGGGCAGUGUGUGUGGCAGGCGUGGAGCUUGUGGGAUCAGGAUGGUAUCACACCGAGUGUCAGGGAUGCGUCAGGACGAGGGGUCGCUGAGACAGGAAGGGGUGGGCCUUGCAUUCGGAAACCAAAACGUGCAUCUCUUUUCUUAAUUGUUGUUCUUUUGUCCAAAGCAAUGGUGUAACUGGAAAUCGUCUGAUCUGGAAAAAAAAAAAACAAAGACACUUUCAGGACCUCAGGGUUCCGGUGGGGGCUGCCAUUCUCCCCCCACGGGGGCCCGGUCAGAGGGGGCCUUCUUGGCCGUCACCAUCGCGGUCACGUUGACUCCUGGGCCAGGCACCGCUGAGGCCCCCUGUUUUCCUUUUGAGUCGCGAACGCUGUGCGUUUGUCAGAAUGAAAUCUCCAAGUCCGUGGUCUUGUUUCCCCCACCCCCUUUUUUAUAUAAUAAUUAUAUAACUUAUGCAUUUAUACACUACGAGUUGAUCUCGGCCAGCCAAAGAUACAACAGAGACAAUCGUGACAUGAUGUGGCCUUGAAUUUUAACUCUGUAUGCUUAAUGUUUACAAUAUGAAGUUAUUAGUUCUUAGGAUGCAGAAUGUAUGUAAUAAAAUAAGCUUGGCCUA